AUGAGACACAUGCAAGACUUGUCAAUCUGCACUGACCUCAGCCACUCAUCAGUGCUGAACAGUUUCCCUGUCAGCUUCCUCAGAGUGUCAAGGAUAUCUUCAGUCACCACCUGGAGAUUUCUUACAUCUCUAGCAAGUUCCAGGCAGUGUAUGAUAUUCUUGAGAAUAGAAUUGCAGUUGAGAAGAAAAUGA